AUGAGGUUUUUUACCGCGUCGGUGCUUGGGCUGCUUGCGCCCAGCCUGUGCGCCGCCACCAGCCUUAAGACACCUAGUCGACUGGAUCUCGCAUCGGACUUUAAGCCCCCGCAGGUGUUUAAGAACACAAAUCUGGUUCGGAGCACCAACCUUGAAAAGGGCUACGUGAGGGAGACUAUCAAUGUUGUGGUGGAGAAUGUGGACAGCAAGUCCCAGACCGAUUACUACGUCCCUUUCCCCGAUGAAGUGUUUGAGCUUGUUGGAGGCUUCGAAGUGCGGGAUAAGAAGGCACCCGAGAAGGGACGCUUUGAAGUGGAUGCCACUGAGGCUGUAUCAUCCAGUGGCAACCAAUAUUUCGUGGUUCACCUUCCCGAGCCUCUGGCUCCCAAAUCACAGAUCACUCUAGGCAUCUCGUAUUCCGUUCUCUCUUCUCUCAGCCCGCUUCCUGCGACCAUUGGACAGGCUGACAAGCAAUACCUGUCCUACUCGUUCUCUGCCUACACUCCAUCCGCCUACACGACUGUCACUCAGAAGACCAAGCUGAAGUUCCCCAGCACAGAUGUGCCAGACUACACAAGCACCGAAGGCCUCAAGUCCGGCUCUGACCCUGAGCGUAAGGGCGCUACCUACACUUACGGUCCAUACGAUACCGCGAAGGUGGCUCCGGGCACCGAGUACCCAGUCUCUGUUCGCUACCAAUUCACGAAGCCUGUCAUUACAGUGAACCUCUUGGAGCGUGACCUGGAGGUCUCACACUGGGGUGGAAACCUUGCUACCGAGGAACGCUACUGGCUGCGCAAUAAUGGCUCGCAGCUUAGCAAGCAGUUCUCUCGAGUUGACUGGACCUUUACCAACUACCAGAAGGCGCCUACAUCGGCAGUGCGCGAGCUGGUAUACCCUCUUCAGCCUGGCUCUGUUGACCCCUACUUCAUUGAUGAUAUCGGCAAUGUGUCCACUAGCCGCUACCGUCCCAGCAUUGGCAAGAACAAUGCGAACUUGGAGCUGAAGCCCCGUUACCCUAUCUUUGGUGGCUGGAACUACAGCUUCAAGAUCGGCUGGAACAACGAGCUUUCCUCGUUCCUGCGCCGUGCUGCAGGUGUUGACUCUGACUCUUAUGUCCUCAAGGUUCCUCUCAUCGAGGGCCCCAAGAUGGCGGAAGGAAUCCAAUACGAGCGUGUUGUUGUGCGUGUUGUUUUGCCCGAGGGCUCUCACAAUGUUCGCUUCGAGACUCUCGAGGGAACUAACAGCAAUGGUCUUCCUGGCGCGAACCACAUCUCAGCAAACCUGAGCUCUUUGCAGACUUACAUGGAUACCUUGGGCCGGACCACUUUGACUCUGGAGGUUGACAGCUUGACCGACGAAGCUCGUGACGCCACCAUUGUGUUCUCGACAUCGCAUCGUAGACCAGGCAACCUACACUUUCCACGAUACCGCCCUCAAGCGCUUUCCCUAAUCACUUUUGUUUUGAUUUGUUGCGCUUCUUCUCCUUCUCUCAUAAUUCUCGCGUCAACAAGUCAGUUCAUGGUCAGUCUCGUUCACGUGCUCGCAAUGCUGCAAAUCAAGCCCAAGGGCGACGGCCGUGCCCCCCCAGCGGUAGACCACAGCACAACCACGUCGCCCUCAAAAGCCACUGACCCAACCAGCGAAAAGUCCAUGGGUGCAGUAUUGGUCUUCGUCGCACGAGCUGGCAAUCUGAGGGAUCAUGAAUGGGGAUUUGUCCCGCUCAACCCCCUGCAGAUGCACCACUAUCUACGCAGCCUGCUGGUGAUGGCCUCCCUACAACAUCGCCGAGUCUAUACCAAUCUUGGAGACCGACCUCACAAGAUCCAAACAAUCAUCCACCCAGCGAACGGAAAACAGUCAUUGACCUGCCGCACGAACAAAUACCUCUCCGCCGCGCUGGAAGAUGCCCGUGCCAUCAACGCCGAAUGCAUAUUUGUCCUCUAUAACUGGGAUGGCUGGACAACCGACUACGACACCAUUAUUGAGCUGUGUGAGCUAAACAAAGAUGUGCCUCUUACCUUGCACAUCUAUGCAAAAGGUCACAAUCAGUCCCGCGAAUUCUACGAGGCCAACGCUCACAAGGCUGCUGCUCACUUCCGCUUUCGCGGAAGUCUUGAUGAAGAGAGCAUCGCCCAAGACCGCAACACGGCGCUAUUCAUUCGUAUGAUCGAUGUGCUGCAUAAGCUCCAUUAUGAAAUUCCUAUCCCGCCCGACACAAAGCGUGAGCUUUCACGAUACGACUCCAGGCUGUUUUGA